UAUAUAUCAUUUUGUUAAUAAAGUUUUCAUGUUUGAAAUGGAAUAGAUAGUAUAUUCUGUUGUAAUAAUCUAUUUCUACAGUCUUAAAGGUCAAAGAUGGUGUAAUAUGGUGAAGAUGUCUCCCAACUUGGACCAGGUGAUCAGAUGUACCCAGGUGAACUGUACCUGUCAGUGUUUCAGACCAGCCAAGACCAACCUCAGGAUAUGUGACCACUGUAGACAUGGCUGGGUAGCUCAUGCAUUGGACAAGCUCUUCCAGCCCGCCCAGCCCCUGCUCUCUGCUACCCAAGUAGAGGUGGCCCAUCCUGGGGUAGUAUUUGACCUGGCCUCCCUGGUCCUUUAUGGAGCCACGGCUCUCCCCAUCAGACUGAAGAUCCUAUUGGACAGACUGCUCAGUGUACUGACCCGGGAUCAGGUUCUAUACAUUCUAAACAGUCUGGGGUGGACCCUUCAAGAUUACUGUAGAGGAUACAUACUACAGAACUCUUCCGGCAGCGUAUUGGAGCGUUGGACAGUGGUCUGUCAUAAGGAAGAGAUUGUGACUCUACAACAGUUCCUGAGGUUCGGAGAAACGCGGACAAUCGUAGAGCUCAUGACCUUUCAGGACUCGCUGGGAAAUGACGUCUCUGGUCCCUCCUCCUCCCGGACGGUCUCCAACAUCCAAGCGUUCAUUGAGAGCAGCAGGCAGAGCGGACAUUUUGAGAUGGGCAGUCCUGGCAUUCCGGCGACUGGGCACCAUUUUGAGAAGGGCAGUCCUGCCAAUCUCCACCAUUUUGAUAACUUUCCUGCCAGUCUCUCUAUGCUCCUCCCAUUCCAGUUCCAUAGCCCCUCCCCCUUGCAGGGUUUGGCCCCUCCCACCAGGCUGGGUGGACUACGGAGGCCCGGGAGGGUCAAACGGAGCGAAGGACCACAGCACCAGUCAGAAAGCAGCGUGUCUGAGUCUGGGUCUCUGUCUGUGUCUCCAUACGGUAAGCUGGUGAGUCCGGUACCGGCUGCCGUUAACGGUCUAGGAGGAGAAAUAGGAAACGGAACUGGAACCAAGACAAUGGAACCUAAACCUGAACACAACGAGUCACCGAAGAGGUCGUCGUCAGGGCAACCACACCGUGACCAUGACCAGCAGCAGCCGGCCGGUAACCAUGACGAUCAACGCCUCCCCCGUCGUCGACUCAGUUAUCUAGGCUGGCUCUUCCCAGAAGUCUCGCCCUCCCUCCGUAAGGGCAGGGUUUGCUGUGGUGCCUGCGACAAGAGCUUCUAUGACAAAGGAACCUUGAAGAUCCACUACAACGCGGUACACCUGAAGAUUAAGCACAGGUGCACUGUGGACGGGUCCCCCCACCCAGAGCCAGACAAACCCUCCAGCCCAGACCCCCACAGGGGGCCCAUCUUCCCCAGGACAGGGUAUCCCUCAGUGGGCAUCACUGCUCCUCUGUCCUCCUUUCAGACCCAGCUAUUGGUUUCUUCUCUGGGAGAAGUCCAACCACUGUCUCAGUUCUACCGUGCUACACGACAGACCUCCCCUCUUCCCUCCUCCUUAUCUCUGUUGGACCAAUUGGCUUCUUCCUCCGGGUCAGUGGGAGGGGCCAAGGCUCUCAGGUCAUCCAAUCAAGGAGGUUGGUGUACUUCCGCUGAUCCCGCCCUCAAGAAGAAACCCCGGAAGUCUAGCAUGCCUCUUAAGAUGGAGAAGAAAGUAACUGUCUCAACGGAGGAGUGCAGACGACAGGGGGAGGAAGAGGAGAGAGAGGAAGAGGAGGGAGAAGGUAAUAGGACAGAGGCUGUUUAA